AUGAAUGAGGGGAUGCGUCAAGCGCUCUAUAAAAGCGCGCGCGGAUUGCUGCGGCUCCAAGCUUCAGUGAACAGCUCCGUGGUACUGAACACAGACAUCAAUGCGAGUGGAACCAUGGAUCGACUCCCGUGGAAAGUUUUCCUCCUUUGUUGCCUGGCCACCGCGGAGAGCUCCGCGCAAGACUUGGGACAGACGCAGUUUAUUUGCACGUCGGUGCCCAAGGACAUGGACUUGUGUGCGGCCACCAUGCAGAACAGUGGCCCGGCGGAGGACCUGAAGACGACUGUCAUGCAGCUGCGUGAGACCGUGCUGCAGCAAAAGGAGACCAUUAUGAACCAGAAGGAGACAAUCAGGGAACUAACGUCCAAGUUGAGUCGCUGUGAGAGUCAGAGCUUCCCGGCCGCGGCGGGACCCGGAGGGAGGCGGCCGGGCGCCAAGAACACGAUGGGGGAUAUUUCACGGGGCACCGCAGAGACCCUGGCCCAGCUGGGACACACUUUACAGACUCUGAAACAGAGACUGGAGAACCUUGAGCAAUACAGCCGAGGGAAUAACACCGUGCAGGCGAACAGUCUGAAGGAUCUGCUUCAAAACAAGAUAGAUGACAUGGAGAAGCAAGUUCUGUCUCGGGUCAACACAUUAGAAGAAUCCAAAAGUGGUUCCAGAAAUGACAGCGGCCAACGGAACCGAGUGGAGUCCACGCUCACUUCUCUGCACCACCGCAUCACAGACUUAGAGAAAGGCAAAGAAAACAGACCCACGGAUAAGUUCCAGCUGACAUUCCCGUUGAGAACCAACUACAUGUACGCCAAAGCCAAGAGGAGUCUGCCCGAGAUGUACUCCUUCACCGUGUGUCUGUGGAUCAAGUCCAAUGCCUCACCAGGGGUGGGGACACCCUUUUCUUACGCUGUCCCGGGUCAGGCCAACGAGCUGGUGCUGAUUGAAUGGGGAAACAACCCAAUGGAGAUUCUCAUUAAUGACAAGGUGGCAAAGCUGCCCUUCCUCAUCAAUGACGGCAAAUGGCAUCACUUGUGCAUCACAUGGACCACCCGAGACGGGAUGUGGGAGGCCUUUCAGGAUGGUGUGAUGAGGGGCAACGGUGAAAAUUUGGCACCCUAUCACCCCAUCAAACCUGAGGGGGUGCUCGUCUUGGGACAGGAGCAGGAUACACUCGGAGGAGGCUUUGAUGCAACACAAGCCUUCGUAGGCGAGCUGGCAAACCUAAACAUCUGGAAUAGGAAACUGUCCAUCACUGAAAUCUACAACUUGGCAACCUGCAACAGUAAAGCAACGGCCGGCAAUGUGCUCUCUUGGACGGAGAGCAACAUUGAAAUAUUUGGAGGAGCAACUAAAUGGUCCUUUGAGCCUUGUCGUUCAGCCAACUGAACUAAAUUGAAGCCAUGGAAAUAAGGCCUCUGUGUAUUUCUGAGUUUAUGUUGCUCUCGUCUUCAUUUGAUGUUUGUUAGAGGCCAUUUGAUCUUGACUUUAGUUGUAAGCUUCAAGCUGGGAUUUCUGCCAUUCCCAAGUAUUUAUAUGCUGAAGAACAGUUUUCAUCCUGGGGGAGGGGGGGGUUCAUUCUGGGAAACCCCAGGUUGUUUUUUCUGAGGGGUUCAGUUGAAAGCACAACUUAAUUUUUUCGGUUUGGCUUCUUUCGUCUGGAACGAGCAUCAGGCAACCGUGUGUGGACAAGUCACCAUCCAAGCAAGGAAUUACGUACGUAACAUUUCCCACCUGUUUCUCAGAGGAACCCUUGUCAAUUCUUGUCAGUAGUUGACGCUGGGACAAGAUGUUGAGGCUUUUUCCCUCUACCCUCUCCUCCUCCUCCUGCUCCUCCUUCCUCUUCCUCCAAGGCCCCUCCGGAACUUCCACUGUGACUGACAAAGAGAACGGAAGGAGCAGAGGACCCAGACUGUGGUACAAGUCAGUUUGUAUGUGUCGUUCGCUUCAAGUGUUUCUGUAAGAAUAUCGCCAACUUGCCAACAUUGUUACAAAGCCUGGGUGCCUUGGGCUGGUACAAAUAUUCAGCGCACACAAUGUUUUAAGUUGCAAAUUCAGUGUUAUUUCAUUUGGAUUUUCUCUUUCUUGACUCUGGUUCAAUUUAUUGUUUGGGAUUGUUAUCCAUCACGUGUUUUGGCAGGUGUUUGUACUGCUCUGUAUUAGGAAUGUUACAGUAUCUGUAUAGUAACAGCAUGAAUGACAGAGUGCUGUGAAAGCAAUGUUGAAAUCUGCUUUAUUAUAUUUGGGUGUGGGUUUUUUACUGCAUUGUUAUAUGCUCCAAGCAUGGCAAACCUGAGAGAUGAAUAAUUUAAUUUUUGUAAUAAAAUUGUGAUACUUAAUGUCGCAGUGCA